ACCUGGGAAAGCAGUCAGUUCUGAUUCACUCAGCGCCCAGAGCCGCCGAGGCGCGCAGUGGAGAGCUGGGCUCCCGCGGCCCGAGGGCUCCCGCGGCCCGAGGUCUUUCUGGCUCCGAGGGCUCCGGCGGCCGAAGUCCCGCUCCCACCAUGAGGCUGAGAAGUCCUGGAAUUCUCCUGCUCCUGUUCAGUGCCCUACAAGCCACAGAUGUGCAGGAGACGGAAGUCAGAGUGCUGGUGGGCGGCGACGCGGAGCUCAGCUGCGCCUUCCCCAGGGGACACACUUUUGAUUUAAACGACCUUUAUGUGUACUGGCAAAUCAGUGUCGGCGGCGGACCGAAGACCGUGGUCACCUACUACCUCUCCGGGAACGACUCCGCGGGCCAUGAGGACAACCACUACCGGGACAGGGCCCGGCUGUCGCUGGAGAGCAUGACGCGGGGCGACUUCUCUCUCCGUCUGUACAACAUCACCCCCCAGGACGAGCAGAGGUUCCACUGCCUGGUGUUUAGGAAAUCCUUGGAGAUGAAAAAGAUUCUGGAUGUGGUGGUGACCUUACACGUGGCAGCCAACUACAGCAUGCCCGAGGUCACGGCCCCGAGCAGCCCCUCCGAGGACGAGGAGCUGACGUUCACGUGCACGUCUAUGAACGGCUACCCGAGGCCUAACGUGUUCUGGAUCAACAGGACAGACAACAGCGUGCUGGACGCAGCCCUGCAGAACAACACGGUCUACCUGAACGCACAGGGCUUGUACAACGUGGUCAGCGUCCUGACCGUCAGGCGGACCCCCAGUGUGAACGUUGGCUGCUGCAUAGAGAAUGUGCUCUUGCACCAAAACCUGACGGCGACCACCCCCCCGGCAGAAACGCACAACGGAACCGAAGACGGCAUCACGGAGAGCCAGGCCGAUGCCCCGAAGAAACAAGGCGCGGUCCUCAGCACGCUCCUCGUGCUGGGCGUGGUCGUGGUGGUGGCCGUGGCCACAGGCUGGGUGUGCCGAAGCAGGUGCCACCCGUGGGAUCCACACAGGAGCCAGGCUGCAAGGUCAGAGCACACUUUCUUCGACCGAGUCUGACAGGAACUCGCCACCUGGAGUGCGGGCAGCAUCUCUGUGAGAUCCCACCAGGAGGGACAGCGGACGGCAGCUUGGAAAUUGACUCCGGCAGACCUGGUGGCCAAGGGGGACCGCCAGCCCCCAUCAACACCAUUAACAAGGGGGCCUCCAUGGACACGGAGCCUCUCUGGCCCGGAAGGGACACGUGGGACCGUGCCCGAUCCCAGGGAGAAUGUUCCAGGUGCCGCCCCCAUCCUGGAACGAGGACCUUUCCAAGACGCCAGCAGCUCCAAACGUCAAGCCCCCACGUGAGCGGGCUCCCGCCUCUGCAGGAGGAGGAGGAGGAGGGUGCUUGGCGCCGGCCCCUCCCCCCCCGCCGGCCUCUGAGGCCCUCAGGACCCUUCUUAGAAUCAAAAACGCAUGGGGGUUUGGGGGGACGGGGGCUUUCUGAGGCCAGAGGAAGGGCGCCUCCUUUAGGAAGGCGAGAGGCGUGCUCGGGCUCCUCCAGGACCUUCCCUGCCGGGUGGCGGCCACUCAGGGCUGGUGGAGAGAGGCGCGUGCAGGGCGCCCAGAGAUGCAGGAGCAGAGUACACGCAUCUGCUGGUGUGCGCAUGUGAGUGGGUGUGUCUGCGUGUGUGUGUGUGUGUGUGUGUGUGCACAUGUGCAAGUGUCCAGAGUGCAGGAACCCCUGAAAGACUCCUGGAGUUGGUUUUCCUCCAGGAUCUUCACUGGGAAGAAAACCCGACCUCGUUUGUUUUGGUCAGAAGCUGGAUUUCCCUCCUAAGAAGGCGCAGCAGAGUUGUUUCUAGAAAACCAUCUGCUGCCAGGGUCCCCAUGACAGAAGCGGGGGAGGAAGCAAGGAGCUCAGAAACUUGCCCAGGCAGGACUGGGGACUGCGUUUCCAACGGACCCCGGCUUCCCCACGUGGCCAAGGAGGACCUUCAACUUGGCGCUGUGCCGUGCCCAGAGGGGGCAUUCUCCCCGCGGAGUGGCAGCCGUUCAAAAUGUGGCCCUAAUCCCAUGUCACCCUCUGCGCCUGUCACCCCUGGCAUCCCCCGGAACCCACAUGGCUGUCACGGUGCCCACCGGGCCCGGCAGGGGACUAGAGGGGGCAGUGGCCCAAGUCCACGCAGGGAUGGGGAGCCCGCGGCCUCAACCCUCACCAGGUGGUUUCCAUGUUGUUGCCCUGUUUGAGUCUAACAGCUGAUGUUUCUAGAAGGUUCUGCACAGGAUGCUGCCCACUAACUGUGGUGUGCCCGCCCCCGGGGAAGGCAGUGUCCUGCCUGUGGCCAUUCAGCACCGAUGGCGGGUGUGACUCGCAAAACCAGGACGGGGCGCAGUGGGAGAGCGGAGCCCAAUGCUCGUGACAGGAAACGGUUCCUUGUCUGUGUUUGUGCCCAAACCGCUCGCCCGGCUGCGGGCUGCACCCACGCUUGACCCGGAAGCAUUAGGAGCAGCGUGCUCCCAAAGGGGGCCGAGAAGGUCGCGGACUGGCCUCUGGAGCGAAAAGCAGGAGGACCACUUGGGUGCAGGAAGGGGGUGCGGAGCCCCCCUGCAGCCUCGGGCAGGGACGUCCGGCACAGCCCCCUUCCCCGGGGACCCCCGGAGCCCGGGCUGAGGGUCCCGCACCCCCGGCGGCCUGUCUGUUCACAGCGCACCCUGCUCGCCGGGCGCCCACCCGGACAGGACAGAGCGGGGUCUGGGUCCAGCUCUCCCCUGUCUGAGCGGACUCUUCCCUGGGGGAGGGGCGGGGCACCAGCCGCCCAGACCCCCAGCCGCUCGCCCACACGGCAUGUUUGUGGGUCUGCCUGGACCCGGGGCUCCCAAGGGAUCUCAGCAGCCCCCUCCCUCAGCAUGGGAGGAUGCAUGGCGACCCAGCGGCCUUCAGCCUGGACAUCACUGUCCACUCGUUGUGCUGUGCGGGGGACAGGCCGAAAGCCAGUGUUUUCAUGUCUGCUUCUGGAAACCUGAUUUACAGGAAUAACAAGAUGGAAGUGCUGUGUGUGUUCAGUGGCUUUGGUCACCGUGGCUGGCACUGGCGCACUCCGCUCAGCUCGGCCUUACUGUCGGCCCCGGGGGCUCUGUGGUUAAGCCUCCGACUUCAGCUCAGGUCAUGAUCUCACGGCCCAUGGGUUCAAGCCCCGCGUCAGGCUCUGUGCUGA